AUGUAAACUCUUGAUUAAAUUGUAGAGGAUCUCUUCAAUAAGUUUACUUUUUAAAAGCCUAUCCCUUGUCAACCUACACCAAUUAAACCUUAAAGGACGUAGUCUGCCUUCAGGAGAAAACCUCAAAAUCCAUAAUAAAUUUUACAAUAGGCAACAUAAAUUGUGGAAAGAAAGUAAGUAAUGCUAAAUACAAUUUAAUCAAUGAAAUUUCAAAGAAGCUAUACUGUUUGCAAAACUGAAGAGUCAUCUAAACCUGUUAAAUUUGAAAGGUACCAAAUUACAUCUAAAUUGGCUGUUGGAGCUUUUGCAACAGUUUUUAAAGCAUAUGACAGAAUGACUGAUUCUUAAGUAGCGAUCAAAAAGUAUAAUUCUAAUCUAUUGCAAUCAGAAUAAAAGAAACUUUUAUUUAAAGAGACAGAGAUAUUGAGAAAGUUAGACCAUGAAAAUAUAGUCAAAUUCUUAGGGACUUACAAGAGUACUAUCGUUUUAGAAUUCAUAGAUGGAUAAACAUUAACAAAUUAUUUGAAAAAUCAACCUAAUAGAAGAUUACAAGAAAAUGAAGCCAAACAAAUUUAUACUUAAAUUAGAGAGGGACUGAGAUACUUACAUUCAAGAAACAUUUAUCAUAGAGACCUCAAAGCAGAUAACAUUAUGAUAAUCAAUAAAUAAGUUAAACUAAUUGACUUUGGUCUUGCUUAAGAGAAUUCACUUUGUUAGGAUUACUGUGGAACACCUGCAUAUAUGGCACCUGAAAUAUUUCAAAAAAAGCCGUAUGAUGGAAGAAAGGCUGACAUUUGGGCUCUGGGAGUCUUAUUAUAUUAAAUAAUAUGUGGAAAAGUUCCUUUUCCAGGAAAAAAUGAUGAAGAAAUUAUGUUGGCUUAAAUUCCUAAAUUUGUUUUGCCGAAAACAAUAAGUAGAGAAUUUCAAUAUUAGUUAUUAAGACUUUUAGAUAAGGAUCAUACUAAAAGAAAAUUAUGA